UUUCCAUAUACCAUUUUCUCAAAUAGAUCUUGAAAUUGAAAUUGCUUUAACCAGUUUCACCUGGAGUAAUAAAUGAUUAAUUUUUAUCGAAAUGAACAAUAAAUCCCAAGAUCAUGAUUCGAACAAAUUUAGUUUGCUGGUUAUUGUGUUGGACACAAAUCCAUCACAACGCAUUGUGCGCCAAAAUCCACAGUUACUCACUCAAUUUUUAGACGCGAUUAUAGCCUUUGGAAAUGCACAUUUAAUGCAAUGCUCACAAAAUAAAUUAGCUGUCCUUUCCUGUCAUCAUCAUGCCACAGACUUUCUUUAUCCCAUGCCUGGAAAACAGUUGGAUGUUCGUCAGGUUGAUGGACAAUAUGAGGUAUUUAGCUUGGUAGAAAAGACCGUGAAACAACGGCUUAGCCAUAUAAUUACCAAUGCCCCGAAGUUGAACGCUCCUUGUGAAAGUAUUUUAGCUGGUAGCAUGGCGAUGGCGUUAUGUUAUAUUUCUCGGAUACAACGCAAUGCUGCUGCCGGAGUGAAAAUGCAUUCACGUAUUUUGGUUGUUACGGGGAGUAAUGAAUGUGCUUCUCAGUAUAUGACAUACAUGAAUGUUUUCUUUACGGCUCAGAAAUUGGGUAUUACCAUCGAUGUUUGCGCUUUAGACAAGACAAUGAGCCUUUUACAACAGGGUUGUGAUAUAACAGGUGGUCAGUAUUUGCGUCUGACACAAUUGGACGGCCUGCUACAAUACUUACUAUGGGUUUUUCUUCCCGAUCCACAAAUGCGUCAAAAAUUGGUACUUCCUCCAGCUACCAAGGUUGAUUACCGCGCUGCUUGUUUCUGUCACAGAGAGUUGAUUGAUAUUGGAUAUGUUUGUUCAGUUUGCUUGUCAAUAUUUUGCAAAUUCAGCCCCAUUUGCACUACUUGCCACACCGUUUUCAAAAUACCUGGUCCUAUCCCUGGUAAACCAAAAAAAAAGAAAAAAGUUUAAAAUUUAAAUAGUUAUAAUUCACUAAUAUCUUAUAAUCUACAAGAGAAUAAAUAUGUACAUUUUUUGGUAUAAUUAC